AUGCGAAAGGCCGGCGGCGCGUGGGAAGUGCAUUCUACGCCCUUCGGCACCGUCUACAAGUACAGAGGCACCCACGCCCCAGGUGCGCGUGGUGGGGCCAACGGCGGCGGCGGUGGACCCGAUAUCCCGUUCUUCACCGGGUCCCUGUUCGGCACGGCGCUUCGCAUGUUCGCCGACGCGAUGACCCGCGGCGCCUACCCGGGCGGCGCCGCGGGCUCGCCCUUUGAGUCUCCGGCCCGCGCGGGCCUCAAGCAGGGUCCCGACGGCCUCCCGGUGUUCCCGCGGCGCUUCAUCGCCCAGGAGGCCGUGUCGCUCACGGUCGAUUCCCUGCUCCAGCCCCAGCGGGGCCAGCGACAGGCCCGGCUCACGUGGGACCUCCAGGAGGCCGCCACGGGCGAGUACCUGGGCCGGCUCGACCAGCACGGCGUCGACGACCUCGGCGCGUGCAUCAAAUUCCACAACCCGCAGGGCGCCACCGUGGCCAAGGCCACACGCGUGUGGACCCACGACGCCAAGGCCGCCAAGGCCAGCGACAGCGCCGCAGUCAUCAAGGCGGCCCUCGAGCGCGGCGCACGAGGCCAGGUCGUCUCGCUGGUCGGCGCCCGUACCAACGCCACGCUGGCCAAGGUGGUCGAGUUCGCCCCAGGCGACUACGCGUCGCCCCUGACCCGGUGGCUCAACGCCUUCUACACAUCGUUCGUCGUAUUGGACGAUCGGGGCGAGGAGUCAGCGAUGGUGCGACGCUACGCCGUACCCAGACUCUUCAGCUACUACCGCGGCGUCGACGCCCACGGCCAGCGCGUCGUCGAGUGCCGGCUCCCGCUGGCCCUGGUGCGGUGGAAGACCCGCUGGGCGUUCGAGCGGAGUGCUGCGGCGAUGGCCGAGGGCGAGAGCGAGGAUGAGGCGUGGCGGCGCGAGAUGCGUGGCGAGGCGAAGAAGAAGGGGCGGCUGCACUCGCUGGUGUUCCCGGUCAUGGCCGCGUUCCACUCGAUCGACACCCACCAGACCUCCCUCUUCAAGCGCAUCCUUGGCUGA